AUGGCUCAGCUCUGUAGACCCCUGGGCCUUGUUCCCUCCCGGGAGCCUGGUGUGGAGCCCCCAGGGCGGGAUCUCCGCUCUCCUGCCCUGCAGAGCGCUACCCUACAGAGGCAGCCCAAGUUCACGGGUCCCGUUGUUGCCCUAUACUUGGUGGUCUCCCCUUCGCAGAAAUACACUAAAAGCGUCCUCCCCCGAGCCCGAGAGAGAAAUUGCUUGGAAGACAGUAGUUUCUGGCUCAGCGGUCGCUUUGGUGGCCUCAUGAAGAUGGGGCUCUCUUCUAGCAAACUGUGGCCUGAUCUUAGCAAACGAGAGUGUGCAGAGCCCCAAGCGCAGAACUGCUCUUUCGUGUCAGCAUUUGUCAUAAAUUUUGUCAUAACGCUAAGACGUACGGCGUCGUCCUCAGAGCUGUCCGCUGGCCUGGGCGUCACCCCGGGGGCACCUAAACACGGCUUCCGGCUGGGACACCAGCUGAAAGUGAAGGUUGAAGGUCAUGUGUCCUACCCUGAAUGUCACCACAUGCUGACCCUUGCAGGAGGAAUAAGGAGAGGCGUUAUUGAUGAGGAAGCCAAGGGGCUGAGGGAUAUAGAAAAGUGCAUCACCCCCACCGCGGAGGCCACAGUGGGGUGCGGGAUGCGGGAUCCCAGUUCCGCGACCGGGGAUGGAACCCGUGCCCGCUGCGUCGGGAGGGCGGAGUCUCAACCCCGGGGCCGCCAGGAAGUCCUCAGGAUUCAAACUGAGCUGGAUGUACUGCGUUCUUAUGUACGAAAGCCUGCAACCCCAGCCUUCCGUCAGUAUGCAAUCUAUCGGGGACGGUCAGGUACGCAAUCAAAGUGCCGUGCAGUCACCAGUGUGGUGGCAGCUGCAGUGACGCCCCGGGGCAGCCGGCUCGAGGAGCACCCUUCGCGCCUGCCUUUCCUUCAAGGCGUCAGUUUUCCGCUUCUCAUCUGCUACUCCCGAAACUUCGCGAAGGAGCCCUCUUCGCUUGGAUCUACAGUGUUGGAUUUUGUAGCCGAGGGAGCAGCACCCGUGUCCCCCGCGCAAGCAGACGCUCCCCUGCCCUGGCGUCCGGAGACAAGACGACGCCAGGAUGAAAGUCCCGGAGCAUCUUUUUCAUCUGCCCGCGCUCGCUGCUCCGUCAGCAUCGCGGCCUCGCCGCCAAGAUCGAUGAGACGCCUGGAAGCGCCCGGGCUCCUGCGGCCUCCGUGCCGGGGGCGCCGGCAGCCGCCACCUCGUCCUACCUGUGACCCACGCGCGGCUUCCCCGAACGGCCCCGCACCAACCUGGUCCACCAGUUUGGCUUUUUACACAGAGUUGCUCAAGACAACCAGUCGUGAAUCUCUGGAGGCCUCGAAGCUAAUAGCCAGGGCCGGGUCCCUCUCGAGAUUUUAUUCCCUCAGAGUUGCUCCCAAAGCUAAAGCCACAAGUACCCCUGCAGGAGCGCCUCCACAUCCUCAGGACCUUGAGUUUACCAAAUUACCAAAUGGUUUAGUGAUUGCUUCUCUCUAAAACUGUGCUCCUGCCUCAGGAAUUGGUUUGUUCAUUGAAGCAGGCAGCAGAUAUGAGGACUCCAACGAUUCGGGAACGUCUCAUUUGCUUCGUCUUGCAUCCAGUUUGACUGCAAAAGGAGCUUCAUCUUUCAAGGUAACCCGUGGAAUUGAAGCCGUGGGUGGCAAAUUAAGUGUGAUUUCAACAAGGGAAAACAUGGCUUAUACUGUGGAAUGCCUGCGGGAUGAUGUUGAUAUUCGAGUGGCGUUCCUGCUCUGUGUCACCACAGCACCAGGAUUUCGUCGCUGGGAGGUAGCUGCCCUUCGGUCUCAGCUAAGCAUUGACAAAGCUGUGGCUUUUCAGAAUCCACAGGCUCACGUCAUUGAAAAUGUGCAUGCUGCGGCUUCCCGAAAUGCCUUGGCUAAUUCCUUAUAUUGUCCUGAUUGUAGGAUUGGAAAAGUGACACCAGAUGAGUUACAUGACUAUGUACAGAAUCAUUUCACAAGUGCAAGAAUGGCUCUGAUUGGCCCUGAUGUGAGUCAUCCUGUUCUAAAGCAAGUUGCUGAACAGUUUCUCAACGUGAAGGGUGGGCUUGGUUUAUCUGGUGCGAAGAGCAAGUACCAUGGAGGUGAAAUUCGAGAACAGAAUGGAGCCGGUCUCGUCCAUGCCGCUCUUGUAGCAGAACGCGCUGCUGCAGGAAGUGCAGAAGCAAAUGCGUUUAGUGUUCCCCAGCAUGUGCUCGGUGCUGGGCCACGUGUUAAGAGGGGCAGCAAUGCCACCGGCUCUCUGUGCCAAGCCGCUGCCAAGGGAGUUCACCAGCCAUUUGAUGUUUCCGCUUUUAACGCCAGUUACUCAGAUUCUGGACUCUUUGAGAUUUACACUAUCUUUCAGGCUGCAGCUGCUGGAGAUGUUAUCGAGGCUGCCUAUAACCAAGUAGAAACAGUUGCUCAAGGAAACCUUUCUAGUACAGAUGUCCAAGUUGCCAAGAACAAGCUGAAAGCUGGGUACCUAAUGUCAGUGGAGUCCUCCGAGGGUUUCCUGGGUGAAGUCGGGUCCCAGGCUCUAGCUGCUGGUUCAUAUGUGCCGCCAUCCACAGUCCUGCAGCAGAUUGACUCGGUAGCUGACGCCGAUGUCACAAAUGCUGCAAAGAAGUUUGUUUCUGGCCGGAAGUCAAUGGCAGCAAGUGGAAAUUUGGAGCAUACACCUUUCGUUGAUGAGUUGUAGUACUGAAACACAUAUCGCACGAAAGAGCUGAACAUUUUCUGAACCCAGAGCAGCAAGUAUAUGAAAGUGAAAAGUCUCUAAAGUAACAUUUAUCUUUUUUUCCAAUGAGAUGAAAUAUCAUAAAGCAUAAAUACACGUAAUUGU